AUGUUUUCAAAAACUCGAGCUAAAAGUUUAUUUCGAAGAUCUUCUUAUCUAGAGUAUAUAUAUUUUUCUUCAAGUGAUGAUAUAAUUGAAAAAGCUAUGUCAAAUGCUCAAAAUCACAAAGUGGUUUUAUCAAGUCAUAAUCGUACGGUAAAUCCUCCACCACCAUCAACUAACAUAAAUCCAUCCGAAACAAUGACACCUUGUACAGAUGAAAAUGGCUUUACUAUUCCAACAUAUCAAAUAAUUCAUCGUGGUGAAUUUGAUAUGCAAGAUUGUACAAAUUCUCUUGUACCACAAGUUCGUUCGAUGCGUCCAAAAGAGUUACUUGUUGAAAUUGAUCUUCCAUUAUGUGCAUCUUCUAGUAAUGUUGAUUUAGAUGUAUGUGAGCAUUCACUUAAACUUCAUUGUAAUUCGCCUAAAUAUUCUCUGGAUCUCCAUUUACCAUAUCCAGUACGUGAAAGUGAUAGUCAUGCACGUUUUGAUAAAAAACAACGCAAAUUACUUGUUACGUUAGCUGUUAUUAAAGAAACUCCAUCAAUUAUGGAAGUUAAUACAAAUGUUGAUAUGGAAGAAACGAAUGAAGAACCAACAGAAACUAUUCCAACAAUAACAACUAAUGAAUCAACAUCAUCAGUUGAAAAACCUGCAAAUAUAACCUAUUCACCCAUUCCAUUUGAAUAUAAACAAGGUUUAGUUCAUUCAGCAUUAGUUUUAUAUGUUAAAAAUGUUGAUAAAACUAGUUUAAAACUUGAAAAUGAUGGACAACAUAUCACUAUUCAAUUAUCAUCCUUAGGCUCAGGUUUUUAUCCUUUAUAUCAUCAACUAUGUCUUGAUUUUGAUGAACCAAUGGUAUUUGAUACAACAGAAAAUUCAUCAACAAUUACAUUUAAUGAAGAUAAUGUUUUAAUACUAUUUAAAAAAAUCUCAAAUGAUAAACAAUUAACUCAAUUUUCUAGCGGUAUUAAUCGAGAAGAUAUGAAGAUCAGUUCCGUAGCUGUUUCAAUUCCUGUGGAAAAAUCUAAUUCAUUACCAAAACAUACAAUGAGAAAAGAAGAUUUUAUGAAAUCUGAUUCGUCGUCAUCAUCAAAUGCUGAUCAACAGAAAAAAUUAACCAAAAAACAAGCUAAAAAAGUGGCAAGAGAAAAUCAAAAAAAUCAAGAAAUAACAGAUGAUAAUGAACAACUUGUUAAUAAAAUUUCAAAAAUAACACUUCAAUCAAAUCAUGAUGAACGAAAAUCGGAUGGUACGAAUGAUAGUCGAAAAAUUACAUCCGAAGAAAACGAUGAUAAUUUACCAGAUAUGCCAAAAGUUACUCCACAUCCAUCAAUCUAUCGUCGACAUAUGUCAGAAUCACAAGUGGAUCUUGAAAUUUCAUCUAACGGAGAAUUUAAACUUAAAAGUAUAUUAAAAAGUUCGACAAAAUAUCGUUCAUAUUCAGAAUCAUUCAGUGAUCCAUUUAAUAAUAUAAGUACCGAAUUUCAACGUGAAGAAUCAACAUUUGAAGCAUCUUCAAUAGUCGAUGAUUUAACUAGUAGUAAUGAAAAUAAUAGUAUAGUAACAUCACCCGACAGUAGUGGUAGUAAUAGUUUUUAUCCAACAUCGAAUUCAUCUGUUAAUGUUAAACGGGUAACAUUUAAUAACCAAGUAUCAAGAAAAACAUUUAAACCAGGUGGACCAGUUUCUGGUAUGAGAAAAUUAUCAUCAAAUCAACAACGAAAAUUAAAAAAACGUAAACGACAAGAUUCUCUUAAUUCUCAAUCAAGUGAUCAAGAUGAUUCAAUUAAUGAAAAAAAUAAAACUAAACAAUCUGAUACAUAUAAAAAUCCUAUUGAAUUUCAAGAUGUUAUUUCUUGGGAAGCAAGUGGUGGAUCUCAAUCAAAUAAUAAUAAUGACAAUACCAACGAAGAAACAACAACAACAACAACAUCAACUACUAAAUCAGCUGUACGAUUUACAAAUCCGCUUAUAUUUGAAUUAGACAAUUAG